AUGCCAGUGAUCAAGUUUCAGCAUCUGAUUAACUCACUGAGUGGUGAGCCGGCCAGCCUUCUACGUGGCAUUGAAGUAGAAGGCGACAACUUCGAUACAGCCUGGCAAACCCUGGUCAAGCGCUAUGAUGAUAAGCUGCUGGGCUGUAACACAUACAUAAAGGUUAUAUUAGAGAUGCCGUCGGCAAGUGAAAAAUCUGUAACACACCUUAAUCAGCUGUUGUCAACCAUGAACGAGAGCUUGAACGUCUUUAACGCUCCCGCACCUACAUUGUCCAACUGUGAUGCUCUACUGGUAUAUUGUAUCACCAGCAAGUUGGCACCGGAUACACAGCUUGAUUGGGCAAAAGAGUGUGAGGCCGAAAGAAUAACUUUCGCCACGUAUCAAGUUCUUCGGACCUUCCUGGAGACGAGGAUCCGCACCCUAGAUUGUCUAGGCUCCAGCACGCGAGAAGCUGGUCCUGCUCCGACUGCCAAGGGCAACAAAGCAAGAGAUAAAGGCAAGCCAAAAGAGAAGCAGUCUACAUCCGCCCUUCUGUCCACAUCAAAAUCAGAACAGCCUUCCACCUCCAAGGGCCCCAAGCCCACCUGUCUCUAUUGUUCAGAGACGCAUUACACGAGUUCCUGCAAGCAGUUCCUAGGGAAGUCGUUGCCGGAGCGCCGAGCCUUCGUACAAAGCAGCAAGCUCUGUUUCAACUGCAUGGGACCUUCUCAUCAAGUGGGCGACUGCCUUUCCAAGAACAUAUGCCGCACCUGCCAGAGCAAGCAUCAUACCGCUCUGCAUAUGGAUCAAACCGAGCAGCCAACCAUCGGUUCAAGACCUCCACAAAAAAAAGAUAAGUAUCAGACAUCUGAUUCCACUCAGCAGACUUCAGUGCUCGCUACAUUUACCAGGAGCACGAAACUGUUGUCCACAGCUAUCGUGUCGCCGGUUUCAGACUCUGGCUUAGUCUACCAAGCCAGAGCCCUCUUGGACUCUUGUUUAGAGGAGUCUUACUUGUCGGAUCAUGUGGCGAGAACUGGGCCUCAAGGUUACAGGGACCUGCUUAGCAGUCAACAGCCUAGGAAAUUCAACUUCGAUAGCCAGGGGUUGGGUUACUCUAUCAGUUAA